CAGAAAGGAAACCGCGGGUUAUCAGUUGCAUCCCUCCCAGCCAAUGCCUCUGGCACCCUUCCGGGCUUUACUCUAAUUUCCCAGGGCUCCCUAAGCUGCUCCCAGGCUCUUAAUGAUGCACUUGAUAAUAGGAUUGUGGGCAUUCAUUUGGAGCAGUAAUAAAGCUGGAGGGAGCCCUUGUGGGGCCGGGCUGGGGGGAUGGGUGACCUCACAGGCUAAGCAGCCCGGGAGCUUGGAGCUGUUCUUCCCAGACCUCGGUCGGCCCAGGAAGUCCAGAGCGGGAGGACGGCUCCAUGGGAGGCUGAGCCCACGCCAGGACCCUGCCUCCGGGGCAGAGGGCACCAUGGCUCUGGCUUGGGACACUCUGCUGGCUCGGGUGAAGGAUGUGUGCCGGAGGAAUGGCUUGCUUAUCCUGUCCGUUCUGUCUGUCAUCAUAGGCUGCCUCCUGGGCUUCUUUCUGAGGACCCAGCACCUCUCACCCCAGGAAGUUAGUUACUUCCAAUUCCCUGGAGAGCUGCUGAUGAGGAUGCUGAAGAUGCUGAUCCUGCCCCUUGUUGUGUCAAGUCUGAUGUCAGGCCUGGCGUCCUUGGACCCCAAGACCUCUAGUCGCUUGGGAAUCCUCACUGUGGCCUACUACCUCUGGACCACCUUUGUCGCCGUCAUUGUGGGCAUCGUCAUGGUCUCCAUCAUCCACCCUGGUGGGGCAGCCCAGAAGGAGACCACAGGCCAGAGUGGGAAGCCUAUAAUGAGCUCGGCCGACGCCCUACUGGACCUGAUCAGGAAUAUGUUUCCAGCAAACCUGGUCGAAGCCACCUUCAAACAGUACCGCACCAAGACCACUCCGAUGGUCAAGUCGAACAAGGCAGAGCCGUCGGAGGCUACCCCCCAUCGGAUCCUCAUCUACGGGGUCCAGGAGGAGAACGGCUCUCAGGUGCAGAACUUCGCCCUGGACCUCACACCCGCCCCCGAGGUGGUGUACAAGUCUGAGCCGGACACCAGCGACGGCAUGAACGUGCUGGGGAUUGUCAUUUUCUCGGCCACCAUGGGGAUUAUGCUGGGCCGCAUGGGAGACAGCGGAGUCCCCCUCGUCAGCUUCUGCCAGUGCUUGAAUGAGUCUGUCAUGAAGAUCGUGGCCGUGGCUGUGUGGUACUUCCCCUUUGGUAUCGUGUUCCUCAUCGCUGGGAAGAUCUUGGAGAUGGAUGACCCCACGACCAUUGGGAAGAAGCUCGGCUUCUACGCUAUCACCAUAGUCUGUGGUCUGAUAGUUCACGGACUCCUCAUCCUUCCCAUGCUGUACUUUGUCAUCACCAAGAAGAACCCCAUCAUCUUCAUCCGGGGCAUCCUCCAAGCCUUGCUCAUCGCCUUGGCCACGUCUUCCAGCUCAGCCACUUUGCCCAUCACCUUCAAGUGCCUGCUGGAGAACAACCACAUCGACCGGAGAAUCGCCCGCUUCGUGCUCCCCGUGGGCGCCACCAUCAACAUGGACGGGACGGCUCUCUACGAAGCCGUGGCUGCCAUCUUCAUCGCUCAGGUCAACAACUACGAGCUGGAUCUGGGCCAGAUCAUCACCAUCAGCAUCACAGCCACCGCGGCCAGCAUCGGGGCCGCUGGCAUCCCGCAGGCGGGUCUCGUCACCAUGGUCAUUGUGCUCACCUCCGUGGGGCUGCCCACCGAUGACAUCACGCUCAUCAUCGCCGUGGACUGGGCCCUGGACCGCUUCCGGACCAUGAUCAACGUCCUGGGCGAUGCACUGGCGGCGGGGAUCAUAGCUCACAUCUGCCGCAAGGAUUUCGCCAGAGACCUAGGCCCAGAGGGCCACAAGCCGGCGCCCUGUGACACAAAGCCUGUCAGCUUGGAGGAGAUCGUGGCAUCGCAGAGGAACGGCUGCGUGAAGAGCAUGGCGGGGGCCCACGGGCCGGCUCUGGCCACGGCCCUUCUCUCCCACCACGUCCCCGUGCAAGUGGAGCAAGACGAGGAGCCCACUCAGCCCGUGCCCAGCGCCGAUCACUGCACCAUCGAGAUCAACGAGCUGGAGACCAAUGUCUAGACGUCCUCCCCGGCUGCCAGCCUGGGCCACGGGGAGGCCGGGAGGCUCCCAGCCUCUUCUCCGAC